GCAGCGCACUCUGCUGGUAGAAACCAGUCACUACAGAAAUGCACCGAACAUGGCCGCCCUAGCAACUGUACAGGAGGAUGAUAAACAUUGCUCGGAAGAGCAAGACUCUGGUGUCCUGCAGCCCUGCGCAUCACCCGCGCUCAGCGGUGAAAGUGUGGACCACAGGCUGGCCAGACAGAAAGCUGCACAGUUUCUCAGGGAGGCUGAGAGGAAUAGGAGGCUGAUUGAGAAGUUGGAGAAAGAGAAGGCGCUGAUUGCUCAGUGCAGAAAGAAUGGCUGGGCAGAUGUGUGCGGAGAGCUCGAAGAGUACGAGAAAGCGCUGGAGGAACAAAGAAACGCUGAGAAGAGAAAUCUUCAAAAGCAGCUCGUGAGGAUUCGUAAUGGUGUGAGGAAAUUUCAGAGACAUCUAACUGAUGUGAAACCAACUCCAGAGUUGAUUGAAAAACUGAAGGAAAUCAUGUCAGAGGUGGAAAUUUCUAUCAACAGCCUGAAGGAGGAACAACGCUUGUGCUUUGAGGAAUUUUUGAAGGAAGAGUGGACAUGCAGACAGGAAAUCACCGCUUACGAGAAGAAGAUUGAAAACUGGAGCCUUGCUGUCAAAUCAAAUCCCAAUCUACCCACAGCUCCCACUGUUAAGACCAAACCACCCGACAGAGACCUGCCUGCAGAAGUCAGAGCACUGGAAGUUUUCCUGCAGAAGACUGGAGGCCCUUAUGGUGGCUGGGACCAAUAUGAUCAUCAAGCUUUGCUUAAAGUCUGGACGAAGUACAGUGGGCAACCGGCCUACAGGAAAGAAGCCAAGCUGUACCUGCCUGGUAAAACAUUAGAGGAAAUAGAGCAACAUGAGGACUGGUAUCAAGAGCUUCUCUACCUGCAGGACAGAAAGAGAGAGGCUAUUCAACGCUGGAAAGCCAGCAAGCAUCAAGAACGCCAGAUUAGGAUACAGACAGAGAGAGAAGAGGCAAAAAGGAUGGAGAUGGAGGCCAAGAGCCAGGCCCAGCAACACAGGACUGAGGAGGCGAAGAGGGAGAUGGCACGGCAUCUGGAGGAGUGGAGGGAAGAGAAGAAAAGGAAGGAGAAGCAGGAAGAGGAGCAGAAACUGGUCAAAGAGAUUCAAAAGAGGAGAUGGGAAAAGGAAGAGCGUCGCCGCCAGCUGGAAGUGAAGCUAACCAUAGAGGAGCAGGUCCGACUGAGGAGAGUGGAAGAGGAAGAACAAGAGAGGAGGAGGAGGGAGGAGGAAGAGAAAGAAAUAGAAGCGAGGAGAAGGGAGGCGACAAAGAGCAUCAAACAUUUUAUUGAAAGGGAUCUUCACAAGGUGGAGGCAAAGCUUCAUGAAAAACAGCUGAGGGAAAAAGAAGAAGAGGAAAGGCAGAGGAGAAUUGCUGCCACUUUGAAGGAGAAGGUUGAUGGUCAUGUCUGCAGAGACCCCACCAGGCUUACCCGCCCCACGCAGGGAUGGCAGGAGCGAAUGAAACACAUUGGACCUUCGGGAGGAGGGCCAAUGCUACAAAUGUUUCACAGAGCUGUUCCCACUUGGAGACAAGACCUGUGAUCGAACAGUCCUGCACUGUAUUCCAUUUUAAAGAAAAUAAAGAUCUACACAGCCCCAGA